AUGAAGGCGGACGAUGCGAAACAAUCGCUCCUCGUCCUGGGCAUUGUUAUGCUCAUCCCGGCGUUCAUGAUGUGCCUGUUCUACUGGUUCAAGAUCAAGGAGCGGUUGAAGCGCGAGAAGGAAGCGAAAGACGAAGAGUCGGGGUUGAACCAGAAGCCAGAAGGACAAGCUCAGGAUACUGCAGUGCCGGAAAUGGAAGGGACUCCCGUUUGUGAGCUGGAUCCCGGGUUGAUUCAAGAAGUGGAAGGGAAAGAGAUCUGCGAAGUAGACGGGCUGGCGAAGGUGGAGCUUGACGGUCGCGAGGUGGUCGAAGCCGAUGGGAGGACUGGGAAAUUAUGCAUGAGUAUUGUCGGAUGA